AAACCGCCACCUGUUGUCACAACAGCCUCAAUGGCGGCAGAAGCGAGACAACCCCCCAAAAAGAGAAUGGUUUUGCAUGUGGUGACCACAGACAGUUGCUGUCUCUUUCUCUCUCUCUCUCUCCUUAUCCUUAUCCUUCCUGACUGGUUCUUCUCUAGCUUUGUGUCCUCGUCACUACCCGUAGCACGAGGCGCUACCUGCUGCCCAAUCACAGGGAGUCCCGUCCUUACAAAGGCAAGGGAAGUUUAUAUAGCACAAUUCAUAUACAGUGGCAGUUCAACGUGCUUUACAAAUCAGCAUAUAAAUGAACAUUAAGAAAUAAUACAUUCAAUUAAAAAAAAAAGGUGAAGUGCAUUAGAAGAGGACAUGAAGAUCAGAAGUAUAAAAAAUAGAAAAAUGAGUAAUAAUCACGCCGCGGUUAUUAGAAAUCAUAUUUUAUUGCACCCAGUUUCCUUUUCAAAGUAAUUAUUGUCAAUGCCUGUGGCGGGGUGACGAUCAGAAAACGCGUAGUUUAAUCCCCGUGCUGUGAGGAACUGUUGAACCAAGCGUCCCUGUGAAGGCCGAAACUCACAAAAGAGUAGUUCCCUGACCGGGAAUCGAACCCGGGCCGCGGCGGUGAGAGCGCCGAAUCCUAACCACUAGACCACCAGGGAAGUUGCGAUGUAUCAAAAAUAUAAGUAUCAUAUUUUAAACAAUCUACUGUUGAUACAGUAAGGACUAAUAUUGCUGUCCUUCAGAAUGCAUGAUGCAAAAUACUCGGUCCCACCACCAAAUAUUUCGGAAUUAUUUCAGUUAGGUAAUAGCCCCGUUUUUAAGUCACCGAUUUUAGUGUCACAAUAAGAUGGAGUUUGUGGGAACCUGUUACACCGACACGCACACGACCGGUGUUCGUGCUAGAUCACGUGAUAAGUGUUUUCACGUGAUAAGUGUUUUCACGUGUGUUCGUAUGGACGCAGAUCGUUUUUUAUUUUGAAGUGAAAACUGCAUCCGCGUGGACCUUCGUCUGCAUCCUCAUCCCCACCAUCACCUGCCCUACGGGUCGGCUUGGACAUCGCAUGCCGGCUGUUUACCUUUUGAAAAGUUUCCCCCGGGAACCCCCGUGAUUCACGUCACAACGCUAUCAACUGUGGGAAGUUCCCUCAGGCAAGUCUGCGUCGAUGCUGACUGAUAGAAAGUCGUCAUAAAGGGAUCACAAAGUCAGAGCGAGCCCUUCAUGCGCUUGAUGAUAUGACAGUGGGACAGCACCUAAGCCCUCACAAACUUAACGGGGAAUGCGGCUCAAAGUCUGCAAGUCUGUGAGUGUGUACAUUGAGAUUGGGCCCAUCUGAAUACCACAAUACAUCGCUACUUUGUUGGUUACAUGGGAAGAAAAAAACCUGUCACAUCUGCACACAUGAAACUCUUUUUAUUAUUAAUUCUGACUUCAAUGUCAGAAAUGACGUUGGCUGGCUUGACUUACAUAUAUUAUGAUGUGUUGGCGUGUGUUGUAUUCUGUAAAGUUGAUUUCAGUUUGAAUUCUGGGAACCUGUAGCCUACAGCUCGGUCCCUGUGUCUCCUUCAGUGACAACCAGGACCCUCGACUGCAUCAUUGUCGACAUCUACCUCUGUUACACCUGGGCAGACAACGCGUAAGCACCACUUUGACAUCGGUAAGUAAUGAGGAUAUACUGAUACUUAUAUUACAUUAUUUUUUGUGUAUUUAAAUAUAUACAUUUUUAAAGGCUCCAAUACAGGUUAUUGAUGCCUGUCAGUUUACAAAACCGCGGUUCGGUGGGUCUCGGAGCUCAGUAACUAUAUUGGCAUUUUCUGUCACAGUCUGCUCACCCCGCCUCUUCUCCAAUCUGCCAUCCAGCCACACCCACCUCAUCAGUUCAUUCCCCUCACCAAUCAACGCAGUAUAUAAGCCUCUCCAGUUCACAGACUCAGUGCCAGAUUGUUCUUUGCUUCAAUGAGACUUUCCAGCGAUUAUCUUUGGACGGAUGGCCCUGCUUUCACCCCGACCUCCCUGCCUCGUCUCUACCUUUUGUCCCCGUCCACGUUUGGGUGUUGCUGGAUUCCUUGUCUGCCUGCCUGCUCUUCUGCCUGGUAUUUGCUACAAGCUGCCUUGAGCCUGUUUUUCCCCGGUCAACCUGCUGGUCUGCUGUUAUAAAGGACAUUACCAGCUCUCCCCGUGGUGUACUGCUCUUGGGUUCAGUCUCCACCUGUUACAGUUUGUGUUUAUAAUGUUGUAAACUGUGCUCUUAUUCUCUCAGCCGACAAGUAGCACUUCGUCGUCCUCUGCUGCACGCGCCAUAGCACGGAAGACCCCCGUCCCCUGGCCACAGUCUCAGGAGCUAUGGUCAGACUGUUUCCCCUCUGUCUCUUCCUCCCUCUCCUGUGUCUUCAAUCGCCUCCACUUCCUCGGUUCCAUCGUCCGCUGCUAGAGUAUGCUGGUCCCUCGGCCCGUCCUGCUCCUGACCCUCUUCCGUUGGCUGGAAAUGUGGAGGCUGCUGAUGGUUCAGCAUCUGGCUGGCUCCCUGCGAAACUAGUGAAGACCAUUCCUCUUCAAGACCAAAAAUGGAUUUCAGCAGCUUUGUGGAAGCACCAGCGGCUGCGCUCUGACAUUAAACUCUGGUAUUUUUUAUUAAUUAAUCAUUAAUUUAUCAUCAGACCCCCACUCCAGAGCGCUUUUUCAACCACCGGCUUCUUAUGUGGAUGCCAUACCACCUUUGGAAGGGCUGUCCUGUCCUGUGUGUGGUAAACAUCUCACAGGCUAUGGAGCCCGCAAGAGAGCCCGCCAGGUAAAACCAGGCAAAAACCAGCUACAUUUCCACCAGCAAAACAAUUUUGGACCAGCUGGACUUUGCUCACAGGCUCGAGUUCCGACUAAUCUUUACUCACAGAUAUGCUUGUGACAUGCGGGUCAUAGGAUUUCUGAGAGAGAGGACCCUUGGUAACAGUUCCUCCCGCUUGGUCAGGCAGCUGAGGGAAAACCACAGCGAGGAGUGGCUUAAGCAACUCUGGUACCUUGGUGCAUGCUCGGACUUUGCUGCCCGGCCAAGCCUGCUCCCUGUCCAGUUCCAGGAGCUGCCUGAGCCAGUAGCCAUACCAUCUCACAGGUGGAUGCUGGCUGUUUAUGGCAGAGACAUCCUGAGCAGGCUGGAACACAUCAAGGCCAGCAUAAGAGGGCAGAGGACAGACUAAAUUGAACAAACAUUUGGUGGAUGGCCAGACCUUGUUGUGAAACUGGACAUAUACCAAAAAACUGUCAUGCUGUAUUUUUGAGUGGGACAGUGCGAGUGCGGCGAGCAAAGAGGGAACAGCUGAAACGCGAAGGUGUCCCUGGCAUCACUGAGAAAAUGGUGGACCAGCACAUAACCAAGGAUGAACUGGCCCGGCAUUGCAGAAGGCGGACAAGAGGAGAGCAGCAGACCAUUGUUCUGAUUGAGUACCUCUUAAAUAAGCUGAUGGGGGUAAAGGGCAGAGACCUUCUUGGUGUCCCUCUCUUGGACUAGGAGAGGAUGCAGCACAUCUGGCAAAUCCAGAGGAGGCACGUUAAGUGCAUCCAGGAUGAACCAGGUGUUCUCCUGUAUUCUCAGACUGGCACCACCACCAAGGAGCGCAUUGUCCUGCCAAACUACAGGUGUGCUAGAGGGUCCACAUCGCUCCAGUCCAUCCACUUGCAUCUCAACAGGUUCAUUCCAGGAACGAGUGCCAACAGCCUGAAUUUCCAGCUGUACCUCCUGGAAGGCCUUAAGAGAUGGAACCAGGUCUGCCAUGCCGCAUCUCAGGCAGUCAAGCCUCCUGCUUUGCUGAGCUACUCAGGGGACCUUGUUCACUGUGUCAACACCCACAGUGUCAAGGUGCUUGGAAGGAAGCUUGUCCCUCUUUUCAGCCAACAGCCGUUUACACUAACAGGGCAGGCCCUGCAGGAUGUACAUCCUGACUCUGAGGAGACUGAGCAGAUGCUGGAGGAUGUAGGCACUGAAGAAGAGUUGGACGUUGAGAGCUUUGAGGAUGCUGGUUUGAGCCUCAGCUUGGACCCCACCAUAGAGCUGCUUGACUUGUCCAUCACCCGCACCAUCAGCUCAGCCAGCAUUCCAAUUCCUUCCUCUCUCCAUCUCUCUGCAUCUCGUAGCGCUGCAGCAGCGACUGAGCAACAUCUGCGCAGAGAUAUGCCCUCAGGCCCAUCAGCCCUCCCUGCCAGUUCAAGACUUCCUGUAGUGCUACUACCAGCUUCCAAGCUACUGUUCCUCCUGCUGCAACUGCUGGUCCUACAGCAUCACCUCCCACCACCCAUGCUGCACCUCAACAACAGCUGCCUUUGGAUGUUCCAAACAGAAUCAUGUCUGGCCUAUCAGCUGUCACCACUGGCUCAGCUUCUGUACUUCCUCUUCUCCCAACCACACUCACAACCACUGUCCCUGCUGCUGCAGCUACUGCUAUGGCUGGAUUAUGAGCUAUCGCCCCAGCAGCACCUGAGCAGCAACAGGCUGUGGAUGAGCGUUGUGUCCCAGGGAUGGACUGUGUAGACUGCCUAGCCGAGUACUUGGUUGGGCUGAGGACUGAAACUGGCCAGACGCUCAACAACCAGCACUCUCACAGCCCUGUGGCAGAACCUCAGAACCAUUCAGGUUCAACCUGUGGCAGAACCUGAAUGAUCAGCAGCUGGUUGCAUAUGCUGCACGCCACCAGAUGCAUCUCAAAGCAGGACGCUUCAGGUGUUCUCGAAAGAAACCUGAAUUUACACCAGGGUGUGGAGAGUAUGACAUCAACAGGACCCCCUGCUCAGUGGGCAGGUCGUUGAGUCCACCUUUGUAAAACUGUAUAACAUCCAUAAGAGCCCCCCCAAAAAACAGGGCAAAUAUGCUCUGACCAGAUGGACUCUGGUUCUCAGGGACUAGAGCAAGAUCAGGCAGCUGGUCCUGGCUAACGGUGCAGUUAUGCAGGGCACUACUCUGCAAUUGUUUGAGGUGAAUCGAACAACACUUAUUCAGUGGCACAACGAUUGUAGAAUUCUGCUGCAAGGGGUCAACUUGCUUGCUGCAAUUCCUGUUGCCCCUGUGCCUCUCCCACCUGUACAGGUACACCCCACUGUUGCACCCCCACAGCCAGGCCCCAAACAUCAGUACCACAAAGUACAGGCAGUGGUCUGCUUCUUGUCUGUGACCCCAGCCCUUCUAUUGGCCUACAAGUACCUGCAGCCAAAUCCAUUGCUCCUGCUGGCCCCCUUCCCUCCUCACCACCUGCCCGUGGGCCUUACAAUCUGCACAUAGAUCUUACACAUAAAAAUAAAUGCAGUCAGUGCCACUGACUUCAGAAAUAAAGAAAAUUGCUACAGUCAAUAUUAUUGAAAUAUAUACACUGUUCCCAAAGUGCCAGUAUGUCACUUCGACAUAGUGAAGGGGCAGAAUUGUCUGGUUCUGUGUGAAUUCUGUGUAAAUGGUUUUAAAAAACUGAAAUUGUUUGUUGUAUUUCAAUGUUGUUCUAAUAGUUCUCUGCUGUAAUUGUUUUGUCAAUUUAUACACAAAGGAAGUUUCCUUCUGUCAUUUUUUACUUUUUUUUUAAAAUAUAAUUUGUGGCAGAUAAUGAACUGUGGUUAUUUUAGACUCGGUUCGUCUGUUCUGUUGCUCGAAUCUGUUCCAGUUCCCAGUCGACGAUAUCUCCUGUGCCUCGUUCCCUGGCUUGUUUUGUUUUCAAAUUCAUUAAAAGUAGUAUUUUAAUUUGCACUCAGCAUUUGGGACCUGCUCCUCUCCCACAACCUUGACAGAACGAACUGAACCAGAGGCCUCGGAGCGCAGAGACUAAAUACACCAGCGAGGAUUGGACGCAGGUGCGACACGUCAGGAACAGGUGCAGACAAUCAACUCCCUUCAGCGCUCCUGCCGAGGCUGCGCCCUCGGGAAAUCAUGGACGUGUAUUGCGAAGGCAACAACACAAUCCACUCUUUCUUAAAGCGGAAGCAAAACAAACCUAUAAUAGUACGUUAAAAAAAAUCCUCAGACGAGCAAAAUGCGCUCGGCCUCCAAAACACAGCAAUGUGAAAACUAGCAAGAGAUAGUUGUGUAGAUUGAUAGAAGAGAGGAUUGUUAUUGUGUAGAUAAGCUAACAAGGAAGCUUUACGUUACCUGACACUUCUAGGGCCCUCUUUUUGGCUAUAAAAUCCUUUGCAUGUUGCUGGGACAAAUCCCAUGAUAAAGAGCAAAUAAACGAUGCUAUAGUUUCUGCUGCAAA